GCGUUGUACUUGCACAACAGGAGGGGAAAAAGUUAAGGUCAGUAGAGCACAUGUCCAAAAAGAUGCCCUCUCAGAAGUUGGCAAAGUCCACCUAUGAGAAGGAACUCUAUGCAGUGUACAAGGCUCUGACCCAUUGGAGACACUAUCUCCUUGGGAGGUUCUUCAUCCUCAGGACUGAUCAUCAGACCCUGAGAUGGAUGAGAACUCAGCCAGUACUCUCUGACGCUCUCAAGCGUUGGAUCGAAGUCAUAGAGCAGUAUGAAUUCGAGCCCCAAUACAUCAAGGGCGAGUACAACAAGGUUGCUGAUGCCUUGUCGCGUCGACCAGAUUUCUCUGGUGCGCCGAUCACUGAGUUUGGGCUUGCGGACAAUGUUACUCAGUCUUUGGUGGAAGUCUAUCGCGAGGACCCGUUCAUGGCCGAGAUCAUACGCAGACUCGAGGCGAAGGACAAAGUAACUUCUGCCGAGUUUGAGUUGGUCAACGGCCUGUUGUUCCUUGAGAAGGCAGGGAAUAAACGGUUGUGUGUUUCGAAUAGCGAGUCUUUGCGUAGUUUGUUUUUAGGAGAAUGUCACGAUGCCACCGGACAUUUUCGCUUUAAGAAGACUGCAGCCAAUCUGUUGCAGAAGUUCUGGUGGCCCACCAUGAUGAAAAAUGUGAAGCUGUACGUGGAGACUUGUCAAGUCUGUCAAAGGGACAAGCCAUGUACUCAGGCUCCUCUUGGGCUCUUGAAGCCGCUUCCGAUUCCGGAAAGGCCUGGUGAGAGUCUGUCCAUGGACUUCAUGGAUACUCUGAUCACCAGCAAGAGUGGAAUGCGUUAUAUCUACGUCAUUGUGGAUAGAUUUAGCAAGUAUGCUAGGUUAGUAGCAAUGCCGGAAACAGCAAAGACGGAGUAUGUGAUCCGAAUGUUCAAAGAGAACUGGGUUAGAGACUUUGGUUUACCGAAGUCUAUUGUCAGUGACAGGGAUGCCCGGCUUACCAGCCAGUUGUGGAAGGCCGCUGCUCCAGAGCAGGGAACUCAGUUGCAGAUGACUUAUGGGAAUCACCCAGAGGCCAAUGGACAGGUUGAGCAACUGAAUCGCGCUGUACAACACCUGUUGAGGCACUACAUCAAGAAGCUUGCUCUCAUCGUCAUCUUGUACAACAACGCUGUACACAGCGCCACCGGGGUGAGCCCAAACGGCUUACUGCUAACUUUCAAGCCUAGACUGCCCUUAGACUUUCUUCUUCUUGAGAAUCAGACCACUGUUGCACCAGGUACCUUAGAAUUUGCUUAUCGGUAUGAACAGAAGAUGCAGCAGGCUGUAGAACAGAUGCAGAAGGCACAGGCUGCAAUGAUAGAGUCUGAAAAUAGACACCGCCGUCCUUCUACGUUUCAGGUUGGGGACCGAGUCUGGGUUAAGUCUUCAGAACUGGGACAGGAGCACGGGAUUUCCCGCAAACUCAUGCCCUAGUACUUUGGACCCUGGGAAGUCUUGGACAUCGGUGGGACAGAUCCGGAUGGGCCAUCUUAUGUUAUCCGGAUCCCAGGUCAUCUCCGAACUUACCCUGUCUUUCACACCUCCAAGCUUGCACCUUUCAAGGAAACAAAUGAGUUUCCUUCUC